AUGGACUCAUUCUCUCCGCUGUCUGCUGCACUUCCAGAGGAGGAGGCCCCGCUGCAGGAGGAGCCGGGAGGCGGAGAAGAGGCCCCGCGAGUUGUGGAUUUGGAGCAGCUGGUGCCCGUGGGGGGCGUGUUCCACAUCUCUGUCCUGCGGCUGCCGCCCCAGGCCCAGGACGUCGGGGACUGGGUCAUGGUGGAGCUGCUGGAUGUUGGACUGGAGGAGUAUCCAUAUUCCCCAGGAAAGGCUGAAGAUGGCACACAGGAAGCAGUACAGAUCACCCUGAGGCUCCCUGAUAAUGUGAUUUAUUUUAAAGUGCCUGUGCUAGCCCGAUGGGAUCCUGCCGGCCAAUGGUGGAGAACUGAUGGCAUCAGCAAGAUAACCUAUGAAGCAGAAAAAAAGAGCAUCACCUUCAGCAUGGGUGGCUUUUCUACAGUAGCCCUUCUCCAGGAUGCUCACCUGAACCUGCCCUAUCAGGCCUGGGAAUUGCACCCUACUGGUGUGGAUGAAGGCCUCUUCACAAUUACUGCAGUCUUUGCAACCAUUCAGAUACAAAUUAAGGAUAAUCAGUGUAUGUUGUCUUCAGUAGUGGUGGAAGAGGAGGAGGUGCUUUCCCACAUCACAGGGAAAUGGAUGAGUCCUCUUGCCCUCAGAGCAGCUUUGAAAAGAGCUGGAGUGAACAUUUUCCCAGCAGAGCACUCUCCCAAGUAUGUCCCUGUGCCCAGGAAGGGUCCCCUGGCAGAAGUGAGGGCCUAUGAACAGAUGGCUCUGCUGGCAGCUGCUUUUGCUUUUGCUCACAGCAAGUGGAACAGAGAAGUGGGGCCAGAGCAAGUCAUGUUCAAGGUGAGUGAACAUCUGACAGCAGGUUCUGCCAAAGGCAACCACUGGUCUCUUUUGAUGUUCGAUGGUGAGAAAGUGCAACACCUCAAACUCACUGAAACCAGUGAAGCUUUUUCAGAAGAGGUGCGAGAAGAGUCUGAAUUUCACUCCACACUCUACCAUAUGGUCAAGGAUGCCAGCAAUGAAGCCAUGGAAAAAGUGGAAAGAGCUGGCUGCAUGUUCAUUGAUUCUGUGUAUCAGCUGCUCCUUGCUACCAGUCUUAGCAUACUCUUAGAUACUACUGCAUGCUUUCUUUCAAAACUUUAUUAUCAAAAGCUUUCAAUAAAGUUACACUUCAAGUCUUAA